AAAAGCUGUUAUCUAGAAAGCCUUCCAGCAGCCAAAGCUCUCUAGCAAGCAGGCUUUCCUUUUUUUGUUUUUUAAACCCCCACCCUCCUUUUUUUAUUUUCUUUCCCCGACUUCAUGAUAGGAUAUAUUGUCCGGUUACAAGGCUAAGCAGUUCAUAACAUAAAUCUCCCAGAGUUAACCAGCUGGAGCUUGUGCCGCAGCUUUAGCAUUUGAAAGAUUCCAGGCACUGUAUUCUCAAGGCUGACAGCUCGCUUUUAAGCUAUGAUAGAAAUGAUUUCAAUCAGUGCUGCUUUCCUGCUUUCCCUUCUGUGCGAAACAUGUGGUUUAGUAUUACCUAAGUCCUCAGACUUAGCAAUCGCAGCCAGCAAUUACACCAUCAUAAAGCCAGAUCUGAGUGCUCGGCUGGACCCUGUCAAAGCUCCCAAGGCCAGAAGGAAGCGCUACAUCUCUCAGAAUGACAUGAUCGAAAUCGUUGAAUACCAUAAUCAAGUUAGAGGCAAAGUCUUCCCCCCUGCCGCCAACAUGGAAUACAUGGUCUGGGACGACAACUUGGCAAAAUUGGCUGAAGCCUGGGCUGCUACUUGUAUAUGGGAUCAUGGCCCAUCCUAUUUAUUGAAGUUCCUUGGUCAAAACUUGUCUGUGAGAACAGGAAGAUAUAAAUCUAUACUUCAGCUGGUGAAGCCCUGGUAUGAUGAAGUUAAAGAUUAUGCUUUUCCAUAUCCUCAAGAAUGCAACCCUCGGUGUCCUUUGCGAUGUUAUGGGCCAAUGUGUACACAUUAUACACAGAUGGUUUGGGCCACAACCAAUAGAAUAGGAUGUGCUAUACAUACAUGCCACAACAUAAACGUAUGGGGGGCUGUAUGGAGAAGAGCUGUCUAUUUGGUGUGCAACUACUCUCCAAAGGGCAACUGGAUUGGAGAAGCACCUUACACAAUCGGCGUUCCAUGCUCAGCCUGCCCCCCAAGCUAUGGAGGAUCCUGUAGUGACAACCAAUGUUUUCCAGGAAUAACAUCCAACUACUUGCACUGGUUUAAGUGAUCUCAUUUUGAAUUGUUCACAAAAGACAAUCCAAGUUUCUUUUUCUCAGUUUUACAUUAAAUUAUGAUGGGCUGCUGA